CAAUUGUUCAAUGUUCAUCGGUGUGAUUUAUUAUAAAGAAAGAUACAGUUUCCAUUUUAAUAAAUAAAUAUAUAUUUGAUGAAUAAAACUACCUGUUUUUAGCCAUGUCUUGGUUAUUCGGAUACAGCCGGCCUCAGCAGCCGCCUACUGAUGAGCCUCCAGCAGAAGGUGGUGGCUCCACCGCCGCUCCAGUUAACCUCACUAAAGCUGAAAAGAAAGCCAUGGAAUCAUAUAGAUUUGAUUCAAGCGCUCUGGAGAGAGCUGCACAGGCUGCCCGGGAGUUAGAAAGAUCAAGACAUGCUAAAGAUGCAUUGGAACUCAGUAAGUUGCAAGAGAGUACUCGUCAGCAAGAGCAAAUGGCUAAGAUAAAGGAAUAUGAAGCAGCCAUUGAACAGGCCAAAGUAGAUCAGAAGAGAGUUGAUUAUGAAGAAAGACGGAAGACACUACAGGAAGAAACAAAACAGCACCAAAUGCGUGCUCAGUAUCAAGACCAAUUAGCAAAGACACGCUAUGAAGAACAAUUAGUCCAGCAUCAAAGAAAUCAGGAUGAGAUACUAAAAAAGCAAGAAGAGAGUGUAGCAAAACAAGAGGCAAUGCGUCGUGCUACUGUUGAGCAUGAAAUGGAAUUGCGUGAGAAAAACAAACUCAAAGCAAUAGAGGCAGAGGCCAGGGCUCGCGCUAAAGCUGAUAGAGAGAACAGAGAUAUCACACUGGAACAAAUUAAACUGAAAGCUGCUGAAAAUAGGACAACUAUAUUGGAAAGUAUACAGACAGCAGGUAGCGUCAUAGGAACAGGUUUAAAUGCACUUGUCACAGACUGGGACAAGACACUGGCAGCAGCUGGAGGUUUGUCCUUGGUCGCUCUUGGUGUUUACACUGCUAAAGGGGCAACAUCUGUGACUGCUCGUUUCAUUGAAGCUAGGAUCGGUAAGCCUACAUUAGUGAAUGAGACAUCAAGAUUUUCUCUAUUAGAAGCGGUUAAGCAUCCCAUCCUCACGAUAUCACGUGCCAUCGCGAAUUUCCGUAAACCAUCUGACGCAUUAGCAGGUGUAGUGUUAGCGCCUACAUUAGAGAAACGUCUCAGAGAUAUUGCUAUAGCAACAAAGAAUACCAAAGUAAAUAAAGGGUUCUACAGAAAUCUGCUUAUGUAUGGGCCACCUGGUACUGGGAAAACUUUAUUCUCAAAGAAAUUAGCAAAGCAUUCUGGUAUGGAUUAUGCGAUAAUGACUGGUGGAGAUGUUGCUCCAAUGGGCAAACAUGCCGUAGCUGCAAUACAUAAGAUGUUUGACUGGGCCAACACUAGUAGAAAAGGUGUCUUGCUCUUUAUUGACGAAGCCGACGCGUUCCUUCAUAAAAGAUCUUCUGCGCAAAUAAGUGAAGAUUUGCGAGCAGCUCUAAACGCUUUUCUGUACCGAACUUCUGACCAAAGUAGUCGCAUCAUGUUGGUACUAGCCUCUAAUACACCACAACAAUUUGAUUCUGCUAUCAAUGACAGAUUGGAUAAGAUGAUAGAGUUUGGUCUACCUGGUCUUGAGGAGAGAGAACGUUUGAUUAGGCUAUACUUUGAUAAGUUUGUACUGCAACCAGCAUCAGAAGGCAAGAGACGUCUCAAUGUUGAACACUUUGACUAUGGUGCUCUAUGUGCUAAGCUAGCAAAAAGAACAGCUGGUAUGUCUGGUCGAGCAUUAUCUAAACUAGGCGUGGCAUGGCAAGCGGCCGCCUAUGCUUCCGAUGAUGGAAGACUUACAGAGAAAAUGUGCAUAGACAUCUGUGAUGAUGCUGUCCAGGAUCACAGACAAAAAAUGGAAUGGCUGUCAGCUGAAGAGAAAACACGGAGUAUGAUGCCAUAUCUUUUAGAUUUGCCACCUCUAGACAAACCUGAAGAAAAUAUUCACCAGGCAACAAUUAAAGAGCUACCAGAAACCAAAGAGGAACCUAAAAUCAAGUCGCCCAACAGAAAGAUCAAGGAAGACUUGGAAAAGUGACAUCUAAAAACAGAUGAUGAUCCUGUAGCUAUGCAAAAGACACAUUCUGAAAAUAUAAAUAAAAAAUGUGAUAACAAACAGUGGAAUAAUGAGUUUAGGGUAUCAAAAUUGCAAGCACAUAUUAUGUUAUCUUACCAUGACUUUAACAAAUUGUGUCAAUUGUCAGUGAAAGUGAAAAGAAUCAAAAACUAGAAGUAAUUUAAUAAUUUCUUGGGAAUACCCAAUGAUAAAAUUACAAAACUCAUUUGUCAUUUGUAAUGUACUGGUAUGCUGUAAGCCACUGUUUAAUAUAAAGCUUUUAAUAAUCUACAUUCUAUACAAUAUGGAUAAGAAAUUGUUUCUAUUGUAAAAAAUGAUCUAAAAUACUAGACUUUAUUUGUUUAUAACUAUUGUAACGGAAUUACAUAUAUAUUUUUGCUAAUAUAACUCAAACAUACAUUAACAAACACAUUAAACCUUGUAGAAUAUUUCUCCCUUAUAUAACAACUGUAAUUAGCAUCAUAGUUAUAAGUUUCAAUUUUAUUUUACAUUAUGUAUUUUCUCUUUGGAGAUUUUACAUAUUCUAAAGUUUUUUUUUUUGUAAAAGGAGUUCGAUUGUGUUGUCUGAUUAUUUAGAUUGAAUUAAAUGAGAAGAAUUUCCAUUUUUAUCAUAUUGCACAGCAUUUACUCAUAAAUUUUUCAAUGCGUCGACAUAACCUCUUGGUUAUUUAAGCAUUGUUAAUAAAUAUUACAAAUUUUAUAUGUAUUCCUAUUGUGCGUGAAAAUGAUGUACAAAAGAUUAGAAAAAGCACAGUUAUAAGUAAAACAGAAUGGCACAAACUGGUAAUGUAAAUGCACUUGUAGUGUAUGAUUUUAAUAUUUAUAAAAAUGUCAAGUUUCAUGUCAGAAACUAAGCAAUUGCCAUUUUAUUUUUCAAAAUUACUCUUAUUAGUAUUGGCUUUUUCAUAGCGGUUGAUUGCUUAAUACUAGAUAUAGAUUGAUUAUUAUUGAUGGCGAAAUUUUUAAUAUACAUUGUUUAUCACACAAAGUGCAUUAAAUUUUUCUCAAAACUAUGUAACUAAUAGUCAAGGAACAUAAAAUAUAAUAUGUUAUUUGAAAUGUGAACGAUAUUAAUGAGUUUGUAUGAUACUCUUAAAAAAUACAUAGAAUAUAACUUUUUGAAACGUCUUCAAAUAAAAUGUACUUUUAAGAAAUUGAAACUACUUACUGCAGCAUUUAAUAAAUAGAUGGUUAUGGAUGUGUUGUCUAAUAGAGGAAUAAAAUAUAUAGUUGUAAGUUGUUAUAUUGAAGAUAAAUUGUUUUAAAAUGGUUAUUUCUUAAUUGCAAUGUAUAAAGUUGUUUGCUUAAACCUUGUAUGAAGUGUUAAUAGAACUAGUUAAAAUUA